AUCCGCACAGCAGUCAGAGCGGCGCAUCCGCACAGCAGCCAUGGACUUGGACCCCGACACCGACCAGGACAUGGAGCCGGACCUGUUGGCGCUGCUCUGGGCGGCGCUCGUGUCCGCGACUCUCGCGCUGCUCGUCAUCGCUUAUAAACUGGGAUUGUUACACCACCUGAUUUACAAGAUGGAACCCGACAGCCCCAAACAUGGUGGUGAGAUUGUAGCGAAUGUCCUGAAGGCCCACGAUGUGAAGUUUGUCUUCACGUUGGUUGGAGGCCACAUCUCCCCCAUUCUCGUAGCGUGCGAGAAGAUUGGGAUCCGUGUGGUAGACACACGGCACGAGGUCACAGCUGUUUAUGCUGCGGAUGCUGUGGCCAGACUUUCAGGUGGGAUUGGUGUUGCUGCAGUAACAGCUGGUCCUGGGGUAACCAACACUGUGACAGCUGUGAAGAAUGCACAGAUGGCUGAAUCCCCAGUGCUGCUGAUCGGAGGAGCAGCUUCUACUCUUCUAAAGGGUCGAGGUGCAUUGCAAGACAUUGACCAGCUGUCACUUUUCAGAACACUGUGCAAGUUCUCUGCUACAGUCAAAACAGUCCGGGACAUCGCUCCAGUACUUCGGAAAGCUAUUAUGGUAGCUAUGUCUGGAACACCAGGGCCUGUGUUUGUCGAGUUCCCAAUCGAUGUCCUUUAUCCAUACCAUAUCGUCAAUAAAAAUAUUGCAGCAAAAUCUGGCUCAGGAAUCGUAUCCAAACUUCUAAAAUGGUACCUUCAGAUGUAUCUACAGAAUCUGUUUGUUGGAGCCUGGGAGCCCACAGAUAUCAGUCCACUUCCAGUGGUGUUUCCAAAAGCCACAGUUUCUGAGAUGCAGCGGUGUGUGGAGUUGGUAAGCAGGGCUAAAAGACCAGUUAUUGUUCUGGGCAGCCAAGUAAUGCUCCCUCCUACACCUGCGCAAAGCCUUCGGGAAGCUCUGGAAUAUCUUGGUUUUCCUUGUUUCCUGGGAGGUAUGGCUCGAGGGAUGUUAGGAAAAAACAAUUCCAUUCACAUUCGAAACAAGCGGGCAGAUGUUUUGAAGAAAGCAGAUCUCGUCAUCCUGGCAGGCACAGUCUGUGACUUCCGUCUGUCCUACGGCCGUAUUCUGAGCAAGCACAGUAAUAUUAUUGCAGUCAACCGUGACCACAAACAACUCCUCAAGAACUCAGAUAUGUUCUGGAAGCCGAAAAUUGCUAUACAAGGUGAUGCUGGCAGCUUCCUGGUUAAACUAGCAAAUCUCCUGACAGGCUACACGUCUCCCCUUGAAUGGACAUGGAGCCUGAAGGAGGAGGACAAAAAGAUUGACAAAAUAAAUCGUGAAAAGAGGACAGAGAAGAUGCUAAAGUACUUGAACCCUCUGAAUAUUCUGUACUGCUUGGAUGAAAUAAUUGCUGAAGACAGCAUCAUUGUGGCAGAUGGAGGUGACUUUGUGGGAAGUAGUGCGUAUAUCCUGCAUCCCCGAGGCCCUUUACAGUGGCUGGAUCCUGGCGCCUUUGGGACACUUGGAGUGGGCGGUGGGUUUGCUCUUGGGGCCAAGCUUUGCAGACCAAAGUCUGAGGUUUGGAUAAUCUAUGGCGAUGGCUCUGUGGGCUACAGCAUUGCUGAGUUUGAUACUUUCAAAAGGCACAAGGCUCCUAUAAUCGCUUUGGUUGGUAAUGAUGCUUGUUGGAGCCAGAUUUCCCGUGAGCAAGUUCCAAUGCUGGGCAGCAGUGUAGCUUGCAACCUGGCCUACACAGAUUAUCACAUAGUUGCUGAAGGAUACGGCGGGAAAGGUUACUUAUUGAACACUGCAAAUGAAAACCAUACAGAAGAUCUCUUAAUGGAAGCUAAAAUGGAAGCUCAUGGCGGCAAUCCCAUAUUGAUUAAUGUGCUGAUUGGAAAAUCAAACUUUAGGGAAGGUUCUCUCUCUGUGUAAUAACAAUUUCUAUCUGAAUCAUGUUUCAUGUGUGCCUUGUCUAGACUCUUAAUCUUGAUCUAGACACAAUAGUUAAUUCAGCACUAAGAGACUGUAAAUAAUCAUGCAAAAACAUUUAGUGCAAAAGCCAUGCGGAAUUUGUGAAAUCAAUGGCAGAUAUUACUCUUCUGACAUUUGGUGUUUUGUGAUUUACAAGAAAAUUUCAAAGCAAUUUUUAUGAACUUUUAGAUUGAUUCCUUUAAUUUAGUCAGGGUUUCUGAUCGAAGAGUUUGCAUUCAGAACCUUGCACACUAUUAGUAGUUUUAUGAUUUUUAAACAAGAUUUUGUGCACUAUUCAGAAAGCUAAUGUUGAAGCUAAGGAUUCAAAUGGAAAGAGCAAGGUUUUGUCCCUAGAUAUAUUUAGAAGUGAAUUGCAAUGUUGGCAAAACUGCAACAACAUUUAUUAUUGCUUUGUUGAAAGACUGUCAAUACUUUGGGAUUUUGGGAUCCUAAAAAAAAACUAUUUUUAUUACANUUUUUUUACUGGAAAUGCCAUUGAUUUAAUGUCAAUUUAGAAUGCCAACUAUCUGUUGACUAUUUGACAACAUGGGUUGGCUGAAAUAAGUGGUAAAGAUAUUUAAUAGGGUUUUCCCUCUAAAUACUGUCAUGUUUUGCUGACAUUUAUACCUCUUAUCUGUUCCCAAGGACUGGCCUCUGAUUAACUGCUUUGAGGUGGCUCUAAAAUAAAUCAGCUAUCGAACAAACAAGUCUAAAUUAUAGUGAGGAUUAGCUGUACUUUCCAAUAUAUGGUUUCCCAGGUUUUCAGAACAUAAUCAUUUCCAAUUAAAAUACUUUGAGAAAAAGCACUUGAUUACCAUCAUAGGUGCAAUUGUUGCCACUACUGUGACUGAUUAAGUAAAGACUCAGGGUUCUAAUUUUCUUCAAAUGAAAUCUGAAUGAAUUGCAAUUAUAAUGUUAUGGGACAGAGUGCAUUGGGAUUUGUGAAAAACAAUACCUCCUCGUGUUAGGCAAUAUUUUUGCUGACUGACUAUUACUUGAUACAUGAUGGUAUUUUGCUAAUUUAAUGGGAUACAUUUAUUUAGUUAAAGCACUUUAAAUGGAUUUGUAUCAUUUUUAAAUAAUGGGGUUGGAUGACAGUUGUAGUUUAAGGAAUGAUGAUGAGACUGCGGGUUCAGAUUCAGACUCCUCGCUUGGGUGAGUCCCAGAGGGCUGCGCACUGCCUCUGUGCUUAGCGUUAAUAUUGCAGGAAUGUACAGCUUUGGGGUGGGAUCUGACUAGUUCUAUCUUAACUCAGGAAGCAUUGUUCUAUGGCACUUCCAGGACUAUAUUCUUUUGGUGUAAGUACAUUAAAUAUUUUGCGUCAAUCAGUA